CCCAUGAUGAAGCAUCUUCCAUUGAUAAACAAAAGAAUUUUGCUGCUGAGUUUCUCGGGAAAGAUUCAAUCUUUUCCUAACCGUCUUUUGUUUCUCACAGUUACAGCUUUACCCGUUUCAGCUUCCAGUUAACUAUUUCGCUUCGUUUACUUUAGCAUCAGUAAGACGCUGCAAUCGAUCAAAGGUGAUAUAACCUUUAGUUGGAAAUAACGUAACUGGUACAUUGAAAGAAUUUAAUGGCAGGCAAUGGCCUGCCAUCUCUGGGUCGUGUAAAGCUUACUGAUCUCGUACCUUCUGAAGGCGUUCCUUCAGAUUCUUACAAGCUAUCAGUCUCUACUUUAUCACAAUCAUUUGCUCAAUAUUCGGCUGCCAUCAUUCAGUUUCCAGCUAGUGAUGGAGCUCUACUGAGAUCCGGUUUAGAUUCUGCUCACCUUUACUUCCAACAAAAGGCUGCAUACCCACCGGAGGAGCUGAUUCACACAAAUGAUUCUCGUGAGUGGUGCAAAACGUCAGGUUACUAUGCUGACCCCCAACUAUGGCAGGAAACGUAUGAUUACCGGCCUGGUCUAACUCCUACAGACCCCAUCAAUGGAAUGGAGUUUCCUCCGGGCGGUUUGCCUGAUAUAUUUAGUUUGCUCGGUAAGGCAGCUCGAGAUGUACUGGAUGCGAUUAGCUAUUACUUGAACUUGCGUAGCUCUCCCUUUACUGAAAUACUCGAUAAUGUACCCUUAAGAAGCCGGGAAAUUUCUUCUUCAGUAUUAUCCGUUUGUUGUCAUGCAAGGCCUUCGUUUCCAGGGGCACAACACAACAAUUUAACAACACCGGACGAUGGUCAACUGAUCAUGGUUCCCGACCAUGAGCACCAGGUUGAUAAAAGUUUAAUAUCUGUUGUUAAGUCCGAUAAAGCAGGUUUUCAUGUACGGGAUUUUCAAGGUCGGUGGAUUCUUUUAGAUGGGGACCUUGGUCCUCAAGAAGCUGUUGUUUAUCCUGGACUCGCACUUUACCAAGCGACUGCAGGUUAUGUAAAUCCUGCCCUGCAUCGUACCGAGACUAAUAAUAUGUCGGGUAAUAUGUAUGGAAAAUGCUCUUUGGUUUUCAAACUCAUGCCCAAAUCUAUGACUAGUCUUAGUUGCUCAGAGAUGAGAGCAGCUGGUCACGGAGUUGAAGCUCAAUUCCAGCUUCCUAUACCAGUGGAUGAUUUCAUGCAGAGAUCUCACCCAACAGAUCAGCUCUUUAAUAGAAACACUUUCCCGAGUUUCAGUUACCCCCUGGCCCAUGAAGAUCAAUUAAAUGCUGGUACAGGAUCUAUGAAGCCAUUGAUGAGAAGACGGAAGAACAAUACGAGAUGCAAGCCUCUACCUCCUUCCAAGAGAUUACGGCUUGAGGCACAAAGAGUGCUUAAGGAAAGGGUUCAGGAGAUUGCGGAUAAGAAGGGCAUCAAAUUACGGUUUUGUAAUCUAAAAGAGUGUGAGAAUCACAUUCAUGCACUUGAUAGUCCAUGUGCCAAUAUAAGAAUGGAAAUUGGGUGGCCUCACGGAGUGCCGUUCGUUCAUCCCCACGAUCUACCUAAUAAGGCCAAGAUCGGUUUUCUUGAAGCAUAUGAACCUGGUUGGACAGCUACUCACGAUAUGGAUUUAAGCCUAACGGAACCUGCACAGUCCAGUCAACAGUACUGUAACUGAAUCAUCGUUGUGGUUUCGUAUGUCCAUUAUCCUGAAUUAGCCUGUUCCUGGUCAGUUUUCUCAAUCUCAACUUGGUGGUUUCUUUUCCUGCUAAAUCCAGGACAAGAGCUGUUCCAACCAGCAUAAGCUGUUUUGUCGAACCCAGUCCAUUAGAAACCGGACCGGAUUUCAUCGUUGAAGUAUGAAACAGAACAAAAGUCACCAUACAUGUCUGUAAAAGAAGUCUGUAAAUAGUAAAAAGUAUUUUAGGAAAUUCACUCUUUGGGCCUAAAGAUUCUUUCAUGGUCUUCCUUUUCCCCUCUGUUUAUAUCCAUAUAUAGUUUUCUCCAUGUUUGAGUUUUCAUUUUGCAGAGAUGAAAUGGAAGGAUAGUAGGGAUCUUUUGAUUUUGAUGACUUUGGGUGAAUUUUCUGAUAAAUUCAACAGAUUUGGAGAGGGUAAAA